AUGCCGUCAACUUUUCAAAUUCGUUUUGUGGUUUUGAUAGCUACUCUGGGUCAUGUCGUGGACAACUCGCCAAGCUACCGUAACAGCCCCGGCAGUGAAAUACGAUGUAAGUGGAAUUGUUUUGUCCACAUGGCUGAUCUAACGAUGCUUAAAAGAGAAAUGGCGAAUUCAACAACAGCGAACAACAAAUUAAUCAAGCUUAGCGUACAGUACGAGAAGCUAAUAGACGACAAAUGCACGAACAAGAUGUCUGUUAACUCAAACGAAUCCUCUUCUGAACAUUGUCAAGUCUGUUUGGUAAACAAACUACUCUCUAACUCAAUGACAUCGAAUAAAAGCGCGAUAAAUACAUUUCUUCGCAAAGAACACAGAGAAAUACGUGCCAUUUGUACUUUGAAACCAGUGAGGACGAUUGUUUCCAGCCCUAUGGACUACAGCAACCGUUCUUCUGCCAUUUGUCAUCUUAUUAACUUAGAACAUGAAUUUGAAAGCAUCGAUUUUCACGCUGUGGAAACAGAUCCUCAUGGACUGUGCAUGAAUUUUACCAUACCAGACAGGACGAACAGCACUAAACGACUUCAAGGAGCUUUGGAUCUCAGGAGAUGGCCAAAGAUGGUGUUGGAUUUAUUCUCUGAUGUAUUCCUCUAUGUUUUUGCAUAUUACUCUCUGGCCUUUCUUUGUCUGCUCUACCCGACGGAAAUCUUGCAAGAUGGCGUUACUCAUAUAAUUAUUGAGGGAGCAAGUCCCGUUAGUCUCAGGAGCUUUGCGGGAAAUUAUUUCUUUUCUGUAAAAGAGGGAAUUUGGUGCAAGGCAAAAACAUUCAUUUUGAGAGUUGUUAUCAUACCUCUUCCGUUUAUUGUCAUUGCAACCGUCUUUGCCGAUUUUGAAGUUAAUACUCUUUCAACUAUUUUAUUCAUAACGUUCGGUUUUUGCUAUUGUUUUCAGGCUUUUCACUGGUCAUUUUUCUCGAAAAGGUCAUCAAUAGCAAAGUCUUGUUUCAUUUGUGAUCAUUUUGGGCUAGAAAUCCUUUCCCGUCACGAUAAACUUCCUCAGUUUAUUACAUACCAUUUGCGCCUCCAGCCUUUGAUCUUGGCAGAAUAUUGGAGGAUUGGCAAAUCCGAUAUCCUAAAUUAUUUCAAAAUGUCUGUCACGGUGAUUCCUUCCUACAGAUGCUCUAAAGAUUUUGCGAUUCGUCUUGUAUUAUUUAUCUCUCUGUUGCCCUGUAUACCCGUUUUGGCAGCAGUGUUAUUUAUUUAUGUAGGUUUUUUAACUUCUCCUGUAACUUCCUUAUUUACGUAUCAAUUCAUACCGAGACUGCCUCCAAAUUCAAAAAUGUUGAUGCUAUUAUUCAUAUUAAUUCAUAAUCACCUCUUCCUAAUUAUUUCAUGGAUUGGUGCCGUUGUUCUUUUGGGAUUAGCAGCUCGUGGUGCUCAGAAUGUUUUAGUACGUGUUUUCCUUCUCUCUCUCUCAGAGGAACAUCUUCCUUACGUGGCUUGUUUCGUUUCUGUCUUGUAUUACAUUUGGUCAAGCUACAGCUCUUUUACAGAAACAUACCACGAGCUUGCCCUGACUUUAUACGAUUGCCACAAGGACUCAAAAAGAACCCAAUUUCGAGAUGUCCCUUCCACCUCUGAUCAGCUGCCAGAACUACCUAACAAUACACGCGAUCUUGAUAACGUGAUGGCAAUUCCAAAAGAACUCUUCGGAAUGGCAUGUGAAGAACUUUUGCCUCUCAGGGAGGGUGUCUAUAAAUUAAUUUUGAAGAUCACAAUGAUCGUUUCUACUGUGUUUACUGUGUUUUCAUGGGUGACAGCGUCCAGCUUUGACACGACGCCUUUGAUGAAAACUUUGUUAGCGUUUUUCACUUUCGCGUUUCCCAAGAUCGUAGACAUGUACAUUGAUGGAGAAUGGCAGAAAAAAAUGCGAGAAAGGGUUAUGAAGGAAAAGGUUUCAAAAAUUGUGGACAAAUUCAUCAAUGAAACUUCUAUGACAACUCAAGCACAAAGGGACAGAAUUGUAAGCAAUGGCUUUGAGACUGAGCUUUAG